GCGGCGACAAGACAGACACAACUACAUCUCAGCAUUGACUUGCAAUAGAAAGCGAUUUCCCAAUUUUAAGAGUUGAUUAGAAUUAUAGAAAACCAAGAAAGCCCGUCACAAUGUCUGAUCUUCCUGAAACCUUCGACCGACCCGUCCACAUCGCCGUCAUAGGCGGGACCGGCCUGUACAAGAUCGACGGGUACACCCCAAUCGCCCGCAUCAACCCCCUGACACCGUGGGGUUACCCGUCCGCGCCCAUCCUGAUCCUCGAGCAUGCCGGCGUGCCCGUCGCUUUCUUAGCCCGCCACGGCCAGUACCACGAGUACGCGCCGCACGAGAUCCCCGCGCGCGCGAACAUCGCCGCUUUGAGGCAUAUCGGCGUGCGCUGCGUCGUCGCUUUCUCGGCCGUCGGCUCCCUGCGCGAGGAGAUCAAGCCCAUGGACUUCGUCGUGCCCGACCAGGUUAUCGACCGCACCAAGGGCAUCCGCCCCUUUACAUUCUUCGAGGGCGGACUCGUCGGACAUGUGCCCUUCGGCGAUCCUUACGAUGAUAAGGUCGCGCAGGUCGUGCGCCAGUGCGCCAAGUCUAUGCAGGGCGAUGGUGUGGUGCUGCAUGGGAAGGGAACUGCUAUUUGCAUGGAGGGACCGCAGUUCUCGACGCGCGCGGAGUCCAACUUAUACCGUUCUUGGGGCGGUUCGGUGAUCAGCAUGUCGCUACUACCGGAAGCCAAGUUAGCAAGAGAGGCCGAGAUGGCAUUCCAGGUCAUCUGCAUGGCUACAGAUUACGACUGUUGGCAUACGACCGAGGACGUUGACGUGUCCAUGGUUAUGCACUAUAUGGAGAGCAAUGGCCAGAACGCCAAACGACUGGUUGGAGCCGUGCUAGACGAAUUAUGUAAGCACGAAAACAGCGACUUGGUUACCGCUAAGCACUGGGAGGGUGCCAGCAAGGGCGCCGUUGCGUUCUGUACUAAGCCCGAGGGCAGGAAUCCGGAGGCGUUAAAGAAGGUCCAGUACCUAUUCCCGGGUUUCUUAAACUAAUAUAGCUACGUAAAAUACCUUAGAGGGGAUAGACGGAUGGUAAGGAUAUCUAGACAUAGACUACGGUCAUAAAUAGUAGCGGUAGAAGAACUUGGAUCAUGUGGGUUUUAAUCACAUAGUAUAUUUCACAGGUAGCACUGUUAAUAAAGACAACAAGUUCGCUUAUAGUACUACGGAAUACCAACAUUGCCCUUACCCCUUACUAUUCUCGACUCAAUU